AUAUCUAAUUCGUUAUGCGUAUCCAGUGUUGCUUGUCUUGUCGGUGGAGGGGAGAUUUGAUUUUAUUGAAUGAAUUUAUGAUGAAUAGUGGUGAGAGUUUGAGGUUAAGUUAGCUAGUGAUAGUAAAGUAGCUUAAGUAGUAUAAAAACUUGAAAAUGGAGGAUGAUAACGAUGAUAGUACGGUUACAAUUGAAGAAGAUUAUUACACUUUUCUCAAUGUUCCUAGAAAUGCUUCCAAUGAAGAAAUCAUCAAUGCUUACCGUAGACUAAGUAUAUUAUAUCAUCCAGAUAAACAUGUCGAUCCUGUCCGGAAGAAAGAUGCUGAACUUUUAUUUCACAAGGUUAAGAAAGCGUAUGAAGUGCUAAUUGACCCCCACAAGAGGGCAAUCUAUGACAAUCUGGGUACCAAUGGUCUGGAGACUCAGGGCUGGGAGAUUGUUCAGCGCACCAAAACUCCACAGGAAAUCAGAGAGGAGUAUGAACGACUAGCAAGAGAGCGAGAGGAGAGGAGGUUACAGCAACGGACAAACCCGCGCGGUAAUGUAACGGUCAACAUCAAUGCCACUGAGUUAUUUGCUCAGUAUGAUGAUGAAGACGGUUAUGAAGAUAUUGGUCUGCCGUUGGUAGAGAUAUCUGGUAUGUCCAUCUCCCAGUCUGUAGAUGCACCACUGACACUACGCAACAAUCUGACUAUUGGAGGUGCUCUGAGCACGCAGAAUGGCACAGGGACGGGGUCUCUGACACUGGCGGCCAAACGGCUGCUGGAGGAUAAUAAGUGGGUGGAGCUGGACCUGUCUGUGGGCGAUGGUGUAGUGUUUGGCCUGAAACACUUUCGUACCCUCACACGCCGCAUCUUCGGCACUGGCACGCUUCAGUUCCACUUCACCAACUCCGGCAUCCACACCGGCGUUGAAACCACAUUUGCAAUGCAGCUGGACGAGCACACAAUGGGUUACCUAACGUACAAGGCUGGUGUACAGUCGUCCAUGACCUCCUCCAUCGCUCACAACACUGAGAACGCUCACGUGGGUGCUGCUCUCACUCUAGGUAUCCCCCACUGCUUCAUCUCGCUCAACUAUGCUUACAACUUCAAAGAGCAGAAGCUCAAACUGCGAACCGCUCUCAAAGCAGGAACUUUUGGAGCGAUGUUUGAGUAUUCUGCAGAGGUAAAAGUGUCGGAGCAGAGCACAAUGUCGGCAGCAGUCAGUGUUGGAGUACCAACUGGCGUUCGGCUCAAGAUCAAGGUAGUGAGAGCUAACCAGGUGUACCUGAUCCCCAUCCAUUUAUGUGAGGAGCCGAUGCCCAGUCCAGUGUUCUAUGCAACGGUGGUGCCAGUGAUUGCAUAUGCUAUCAUCAAGACAACCAUCAUUGAUCCCAUUGUUGCGGAUCAGAAGGAGCGUGCCAAAGAGAAGCAGAGGGAGGCCAACAAGAACAGGAUGACAGAGAUGCGGCGUGAAGCAACAGCUGCAGUGAACCUGAUGGGGGCCUCAUUCGCUCGGAUACGCUCUGACGAGGAGGCUCGUAAGGGGCUGGUGAUCGUGAAAGCAUUGUAUGGUCGGCUGAUAGCAUUAACUGUGGUGGGAGAAGACACAGAGCGAACACCUACAGAUGAGGUCAUUGAUGUUACCAUUCCUCUACAGUGCCUUGUCAAGGAUUCCAUACUUGCUUUGCAUGAUGCUUCCAAGAGUCAGCUACCAGGUUUCUACGACCCUUGCGUGGGAGAGGACAAAGCCUUGUAUGUCCAGUAUCUGUUCCACAGCCAUCUUCAUGAAGUGGUAUCUCCUGAUUUGGAGCCUCUUAGGAUACCAAAGCAAUCACACAGGCUGAAUACUACCUGACAGCCCUUGACUGCCCAACCAACCACAUGCUAGUUACUGUUAUAUACUGUAUUGUUAGUUAUGUCUUGUAUAAAGUGUAAAGUUGAGUUAUUAAAAGGUUGUCUUUGUAGAAAA